AUGUCGGAAAUAUCUUCUAUCGCAGAAGGAGUUGAUUUAAGACAAAGACGGUGGAUCGAGCUUCUGAAAGAUUAUGAUUGUGUUAUAGACUAUCAUCCGGGAAGAGCUAAUGUUGUAGUUGAAGCAUUAAGCAGAAAAGCUGUAAUUGAAUUAAGAGCAAUGUUUGCACGGCUUAGUAUCACUGAUGAUGGGAGUCUUUUGGCCGAAUUGAAAGUAAAACUGGUAAUGUUUGAUAAGAUUAGAUCAGCUCAGUUGGAAGAUGACAAAUUAUUGAAGAAAAGAGAGAUGGUACAGAAUGGCACAGCAGAAAAUUUUAGUAUUGAUGAUUGUGGAUGCUUGAGGUUUCGAAAUCGAAUUUGUAUUCCAAAUACUUCUAUGCUUAAAGAGUUGAUUCUACGGGAAGCUCAUGAUAGUUCAUUUGCUAUGCACCCCGAAGGCACGAAAAUGUAUCGAGAUUUAAGAGAAUUAUACUGGUGGCCAGGGAUGAAAAGAGACAUAGUAGAAUUUGUAAGUAAAUGUUUGACUGGCCAACGGGUAAAGGCAGAACAUCAGGUUCCUAUUGGAUUGCUUUAG